AUGGCGGAUCAACAAAAAUAUGCUCAAAGGCUGAACAAGGCUCGCAUUCUUGUGCUUGGAGGUACCUCCGGCAUUGGCUUUGGCGUCGCAGAAGCCAGUCUCGAGCUUGGUGCCGAAGUCAUUAUUUCCUCAUCGAAUGAAUCACGGAUCAAAGAUACGGUUGCAAGACUGCAGAAAUUGUACCCUUCAAAGAAAGACAGUGUGGUCGGUUAUGUGUGUGAUCUAGGGUCUGAGGGUGUCGAGGAGAAUAUCGUUCAGUUGUUAGAUCAAGUGGGAAUUGUUGAUCAUAUCGUUUACACGGCUGCGGACAAGCUUCGCAAUACAUUCGGUUUAGGCAAUAUUACGUUGGACACAUUGAAAAAAGCCGGCAUGGUCAGACUCUUUGCGCCUAUUCUCCUCGCAAAACAUGCCCCGAAACAUCUCACUCCAGGUCCAAGCUCUUCAAUCACUCUUACUUCUGGAUCUGUUAUCGAUAGGCCACUUCCUGGCUGGUCACCUGUUGUCGGCUUUUCAGGCGGUUUAUCAGCGUUGACACGUAAUCUGGCCCUUGAUCUCAAACCCAUCAGGAUCAAUCUUAUCGUUCCAGGCGCUGUUGAUACGGAACGGUGGGAUGAGGGACAGCGCAAAGCAUUGCUAGCUUCAUUCACAACUAGGAUGACCACGGGCCAAAUGGGACAGGUAGAGGAUGUGGUGGAAGCUUAUUUGUAUGCUAUGAAAGAUCGCAAUCUUUCUGGGUCUGUCAUUAGCACCAAUGGUGGGCAGCUGUUACUUUAG